AUGCACGCGGUCGCGAUCGUCGUCGCGGACACCGAGGACGCCGCGAACGCGCACGCGAUCCCGCUCGUGCGCGCGCGCUACGCGACAGUCGCCGAGGUCGCCCCCGACGCCUUCCAGGUCGAGCGUCGCUGGGAGCUCGCCGCGGAGGAGGGCAUAUUGUGGCGCGGGGUGGUGGGGGGGGGGAGGGUCGUCUGCCCUCACGUCCACGUGUUCGUCGACGUCCCCACGCUGACGGACGAUCUGCUCUCGUUCUGGGUCCGCGGGAUCAAGAUCGUGUCGCUCUCGAUCGCGGCGACGAUCAACACCGACCUCGGGGAGUGGCUCGCGACGACGCUGCCGAGGUACGCGAGCGCGGACCUCGAGGUGCUCGACUUGGGUACCUCCCUCAUCCUAGACCCGACGCGCGUGCGCGCGAUGCUUCGCGCGCUUCCAAAGCUGCGCGUGCUCCUGUUCAGCGCGCGCGGGUUCGUCGGCGAGUGCGAGAACAACGAGACCGGGUGCGUCUUCGUCGGCAUGGACGAUCACCCGUGCUUGGAGCACGUGCGCCUGAGCCCAUCGCUUCGAAGGAGCACGCUCGACUUUGAACUCGCCGCUCUCAUCAACGCGUGCGCUUCGCUGAAAGCGGUGGACUUCGUCGAGAUUCCGCCGCCUUUUCCGUUCAAACGCAACGAGCUCGCGUUCAUCAAAGGCCUGACGCACGCGUACACGACGAUGCGCGCGCUGCACGAGGAGGGCGACAACGCGUGGGUCACGAACAUCCUGGACGACAACGAGUGGAUUAAAAUGGUGAGAGGAUGGAAGGCGCACGAGAAGAACAAAGCGGCGGCGGCGGCGGCGGCUGCGGCUGCGGCGACUGCGGCGGAAGAGGCGGCGGCGGCGGGCGCGGGGGAGGCGAUGAUCACGAACGCGGACGACGAUAACGAGGAAGAGAGCGCCGCGAAGGUCAUCGACGAGGUCAUCGGCUCAAACAACCGCAGCGACGCGUUGAAGAAGGUGGACAAGUACCCGUGGGAGGAGGAAAACGGCGGCGGCGGAGCGACGCGACCCUCAAGUCGUGCACCGCUCAAGGUGAAAGUGGUGAAAGCCUCCUUGCGAGAGGUGACGAACGCGCCGGCGACGGAGAGCGCGCCCGUCCCCGGUCCGGUCAAGAUCGCCCGGAAGAUUUCGCCGCCGUCGCCGAUGAGAGAACUGUCCAUGCCGUCGCCGAUGAAAGAAACGGGGAACCCGAACGCGUGA